CGCUCCCGGUUUUACUUCUGGCUUCGUGGCUCAUUGAAUUGGGACACGAUUAUUGGAAAUUUGCGGCUAUUUCGCGAACGCAUUUAAGGGUUAAAAUGUGGCGUUUGUUAGCCCUGUUUUUGUGCGUUUUGCGGCUUUUUCCGGCGACCCGGGCCAAGACUGUGACGGGAGUUUUUAAGAGCGAAGUGGCCAGGGAGAGAAAUGGCCAGUACAUCACUAAAUUCAUGUUUGGAGGGGGCAGUGGGCUGCUGGUUUGUCGGUUGGAUAAGGCUGCGUUGGCGCUGGAGCAGGAGGCCAGACUUCUGUUGUAUCCAGAGAUGGAGCCAGAAGUGAACUCACUGAGCUGCUCCGACAAACUCACACGAGCACAGUUUAUAAUUUACCUGAAACAUGAUGAGCACAAUCAGACCAUCCCAAAGCAGUCGUCCCCGUCUCUGUGGCACGUCCUGUACGCCGACAGAUACACCUGCCAGGAGUCAGUGGCGCUGCCCUCUCACCCUGACGUCCAGUACACCAUCCUCCUGUUCAACCCAGACUCUGCUGGAAACCCACUGGACCAUUUCAGCUCCGAGGAGGCAGGGCUGCACAGUUUCUACUUCGUGCUGCUGUUGUCGUACUUCGUGGCCUGUUGUAUUUACAUCCGGCCUCUGGUUCAGGCUCUGAGGAAGGGCGGCCCCAUGCACACGGUGCUCACGGUCCUCACUGUGGCUCUGGCUCUACAGGGGCUCUCUGCACUCUGCAACUACACACACCUGUCCAGAUAUUCCAGAGACGGGGUUGGUCUUCCGCUGAUGGGCAGCCUGGCAGAGUUGUGGGACAUGAUCGCUCAGGUCUCGAUGCUCUUCAUGCUGCUGAGUCUGUGUAUGGGUUGGACUUUGUCUCGGAGGAAGCCUCAGUCCCGGCCGCUGCAGUGGGAGCAGACGCCCACGUCCACGGCCGUCGCUGUGGGAGCCGUCAUCACACAGGGCGUUCUGCUGUUGUGGGAGCAGAUCUCGGAGGCGGACAGCGAGCACCACAGUUUCCACGCUCAGAGGAGUCUCCCCGGGGUGCUGCUGCUGCUCCUCCGGGUGCUGAUGGCCCUGGUCCUGGCCUCGGUCCUGUACCAGAUCACCUCCACUGAACGCAGCACGCUCAAACGAGACUUCUACAUCAGCUUCACCAAGGGCUGUUUCCUGUGGUUUCUGUGUCACCCGGUGCUCGUCUGUUUGUCGGCGCUUUUCAACGACCACCAGAGAGAAAAGGUGGUCACGAUCGGCGUCAUCCUCUGCCAGUCCAUUUCCGUCGUCAUCCUCUACCAGCUUUUCCUCUCCAGGUCUUUGUACUGGGAAGUGUCGUCUCUGUCCUCGGCGUCUUUACCUUUGACCAUGUCCCGGACCAACCACAGGGGGCGCUACUGACCACGAAAAAAAAAACAAAA